GAUAAAUUAAUGGUAUAAAGAAAAGAUGACAUCAAAAAUAAAUAACAGUUUCACUUUGAUUCCCAAGGAGAAAUAUAAACGUUGCAAUCGUGGAUCUGCCUCUUUUUCCAACAUCCUUGAUUCAGGUUCUCCAACCAUGUCAACAUUUGGACAUUUUAAAGUUUUGCCAUUGGAAAUAUUCCAAAUAAUUUUAAAGUAUUUGUCAGUGAAGGAUGUCAGUAUGCUAAGUAUGGUGUCCAAAACAGUCAACCAGCACAUUAUUAAUUAUAUCUCAACCUCAUCAGGAAGUAAAAGACUUUUACUACAGGAUUUUCAUAACCCUGAGCUACCUGACAAGAAUCAGGAUUCCUACAUAAUGGAGCACUACAAAUCUCUAGGUCUACUAUUUAAAAGAUGUACAUUGCUGCUACCCACCAAGGAAAGACUGAGGUACAUUCACAAGAAGCUCUCAGAAAUUUCCUGUUUCAAAUUUAAUGGCUGUGCAGCUCCCAUGCAAUGUUUAGGAUUACCAUGUUAUGGCAUAUUUUUACAGACUUUAAUAGCAGGUUGGGAUGAAAUUGAAUGCCAUCGUGUUUAUAACUUCUUAUGUGACUUGACUAAUCUCUCCCGCAAGAUGCAGACUGCUGUCUGUAGCAAACCAGGAAGUAUCCAUAAAUUGGAGUUAAGAAUCAGACUGUUCUGUAGAAAUGUUCUGCUUGAUCACUGGACACAUCGAAGCGAUUCUGCUUUUUGGCUGACUAGAAUAUUAAAACCAUGGCCAAUGGUGAAUCAAGCAAGAUUACUAUAUAUCAUCUUUGGGCCAAUAUCACCUCAGAAUGGAAAGGUGGUUUGGAAGAAGAUGAUAGAAGGACCUACAGAUGAAUCCAGUCUGAAAUGUUUGGCUGAUGCCAUUAAAUUGCUGUAUGACAUAAACAGCAAAGAAUGGUCAACAGAUGAUGUUAUCAGUCUUUUAGAUGAACUAUCAGUGAUUCCCCAGGAGUGGCUUCUAGAGAAUAAUGCUCAUCUCCUCAUCUUAAGUGGGAACAGCAUCUGCUUCUCUUUCAUGGCUAGUAAAGCUGUGAAUGGACAUGCCUUUGAGCUGGCAAAACUCACAGUCUUUUUAGCUUUGGUGUGUGAGAAAGAACUGUAUCGCAUGGAUUGGGCCGUUAAAAUGAUGCAAAAUGUCUGCAAAGUCUUUAACAGCCAGAUGGAAAGAAAUAACUUCCUGCAGAAUGUAGCAAGUGCCUUUGCCUGUGUUAUAAUGGAAAUGCUACAGUCAGUUAUAUCUGGAGAUCAUGAUGAGGAUAACAGAGACUUUUUGAACUUGUUCCAUCUUAUACAUGCUCAGGCUAACUUCCAUAAGGAGGUCUUAUACAUGACCAUGAAUACUGUCUCUUCCUAA